AUGGGAGACAGGCUGCCGGAGCCUCACGCCAGCUCUUCCCCUGCUGUGGCUGCCAGCUCAGAGGCGGAAGAAAUCGAGGUGCUGGACUCCGAGGAUGUCCUACCUAUGGCCGCAGAGGAUCAUUGGAAAGCCCUGUUUGAUCAGUUCGAUCCCGACAAUACCGGCUACAUCAGCACUGAGAAGUUUCGCUCCCUUCUCCAGAGACACGGCUCGGAGCUGGACCCCCAUAAGCUGGAGGUUCUGCUGGCCCUGGCAGACAGCAACUCUGAGGGGAGGAUCUGCUACCAGGACUUCGUCAACCUGAUGAGCAACAAAAGGUCGAACAGUUUCCGCCAAGCCAUCCUUCAGGGGAACAGGAGGCUGUGCAGCAAGGCACUGCUGGAGGAAACUGGGCUGAGCCUUUCGCAGAGGCUGAUCCGGCAUGUUGCAUAUGAAACCCUGCCACGAGAGAUAGACCGCAAGUGGUACUACGACAGCUAUACCUGCUGCCCUCCACCCUGGUUCAUGAUUACCAUCACUAUUGUAGAGGUUGCCUUUUUUCUUUACAAUGGAGUGGUAUUAGACAGAUUUGUGCUGCAAGUCAGCCACCCUUUAUACCUGAAGAAUGCAUUACUUUACCAUCCUCAGCUCCGUGCUCAGGCUUGGAGGUACCUAACCUACAUAUUCAUGCAUGCAGGGAUAGAACACCUUGGACUCAAUGUUGUCCUUCAGCUCUUGGUUGGGGUUCCCCUGGAAAUGGUGCAUGGAGCUGCAAGGAUCAGUUUUGUGUACAUUGCUGGAGUUGUGGCAGGGUCCCUGGCAGUGUCAGUAGCUGAUAUGACUGCGCCUGUGGUGGGCUCCUCUGGAGGCGUGUAUGCUCUUGUCUCAGCUCACUUAGCCAACAUAGUCAUGAACUGGUCAGGAAUGAAGUGCCAAUUCAAACUGCUGCGCAUGGCUGUUGCCUUGAUCUGUAUGAGCUUUGAAUUUGGAAGAGCUGUGUGGCUGCGAUUCCAUCCCUCUGCUUACCCACCAUGCCCACACCCCAGCUUCAUGGCUCACCUGGGAGGGGUGAUGGUUGGAAUCACCCUUGGUGUCAUCAUUCUGAGGAACUAUGAGCAGAGACUCCAAGAUCAGACAUUAUGGUGGAUCUUCCUUUCUAUUUAUGUAAUUUUCGUCUUGUUUGCCAUCUUCUGGAACAUUUUUGCCUACAGCCUGUUGGAUCUAAAGCUACCUCCCCCUCCUUGAAAACAUGGGACAGAAAACUCAAGAGUGGAAGUCAUCUGUCAGCUAUGUUAAAUGAAUUAAGAUAGAGGAUCUAUUUUUGUAUUUAACUUAGGGGAGGAUGAUUCUUUUGAACACAACCGUAUGCUGGAGGAGAUGCUUAAAGAUCUCACAAAAGAAUGGACUGAUCAGUUUGUUCACAAAUAUAGCAGGCACUGUAAUACUGGUUGGCCUGCACCCUGCAGUUUCUCCACUGCCAGGGCUCCCACGGGGCAGCUUGUACCUGGGCACUUACCACUUGGUUUGUUAGCACACAUCAAUAUUUUGUAUGAGAUAUUUGUAUUUUCCAGGUCAGUGCUGGAAUUAUGGCCAGUUGUUGAGUGAAUCUCCUCAAUGUUACUGAACACUAAAAGGGAAAAAGAGCAAACAUUUACUAAUUAGAGAUUUGCAUGGUUCUCACAAGGCAGCUUGGGUUUGGUUUCUAUGGACACAUAUGACUGUUCAGCCAUACCAGUGCCACUGUCUAAUUACUUGAAUGGUUCAUAAGAUAUUUUAGCCUACAGUGAAACCUGUCUUGAGCACCUUUAAAAGGAAUCAGCAGA